ACUUGUAGAGCGCGUCUGUUAGUGACGCAUGUUACGUAGAGUCAUUCAAUAUUCACAUUAGCGAGCUUUAACAUUGAGAAUAUGUAUUACCGAAUCAGAUAGUUGUUAUUGAAGUGUGCUAGAUUUAAAACUAUUGGUGUCGUUAUUUGCACAUCUACAGUGUGGACGAAAAUGACCGAUUUGACAGAUUCCUUGACCAAAGAAGGCUGGUACCUCAGUGAUGAAGGCAUAACAGAACUGAAAGGAUCUGCUGAGAAAAUAACACACAAUGACAUUAUUCAUAUUGCGCUUCACAGGGACCUUAGGCCUAUUGGGAGAAAAUUUCUACCGUCUGAUAUCAAUAGUGGAAGAACUGACAAGUUGGAAGGUCCCUGUGUUCUUCAGGUGCAGAAGGUGAGGAACGUCUCAGCUUCUAAAGACCACGAGGAGUCGCAGGGCGCACCGCGAAUGCUGCGCCUACAAAUGACAGAUGGGCAUACCAGCUGUGUAGGAUUGGAGUAUAAACACCUGUCAAAGAUUAGUCUAAAUACCCCCCCGGGAACAAAGGUAAAGCUCCUUGGUACAGUCCAGGUUAAAAAUGGUCUUUUGCUGCUGGAUGACUCAAAAAUCUCUGUCCUUGGGGGAGAGGUUGAUCACAUGGUGGAGAAAUGGGAACUACAAAGGAGUCUAGCCAAACACAGCAGGAGUAACAUUGGAGCAGAAGGUGGACCUCCUCCCUUUGUGCCAUUUGGUCAGAAGUGUAUGAUGAAAAGUGACAUAGACAGCACAGAACUAGACCAGAGGAAGAGCCUCAAAACUCAAGAUGUGGUUAAAAAUCCAGACGAGAAUAUUGAGUUUGAAAAGCAGCGGACAGCAGCUAUUGCCGAGGUGGCCAAGACCAAAGAGGGUCCACGCACGUUUGGUGGUGGAGGGAAUGCAGGCAGUAAUUUAGCCAGUGCUGCUACCUCCUUCCGAAGUCGAGACUCGUACCAGAGGAGACGAGAAGACAGGGUUGAAAGAACUGAAAGCAGACAAGAUGGAAACUAUCGAGAGCUGGUGGAUGAACGUGCUCUGAGAGAUAUCAUGGAGAUGGGAUUUAACAGGGAGGCGGCUCGGCAGGCUCUAAUGGAUAAUAACAACAACCUUGAAGUGGCACUAAACAGCCUCUUGACUGGAUAUUCGAGUAGCAGACCUGGCCCUGUGGUAGCUGAAUCUGUAAAGCCCCAACCCAGAGCCAGAGGAAGAGGAAGAGGCAGAUCCAGAAAUGAAGAGGAGGAGGAGGGAGCAGGGGGAAGGCCAUCUGGACCAAGCACUCUUUUUGACUUUCUUGAAUCCAAGAUGGGAGUUUUCUCCGUUAAUGAGCCAAAGAGCCAGGCGCCUCAGAGACACCAUGAGAGUAAAGCAAAUUUCUCCAACUCUGACUAUUACUGCAAAGAUCAGUCUCAGACCAAGUUCUCAUCGCAUAAUGACCAUAGGCACCAAAGGAAUGACAGACCACCUCGCUUCCACAGAGACUUUGAUUUUCCCAAACCUGGCCAGGAGCCUCUCUCUAACUGUUCAACCUCCCAAACAUCAGCUCCGGCCCAACAGUGGAAGGGCCAGGAGAGAUGGUCACGUGGCACACCAGACAGAUCGCAAAAUGACAGGAGAGAAAUGAGAAAUGAGCAGAUUUCCCCUUCAUCCUUCUCGACUUCUUUCACACAUUCAAAAGAACCUCCUCAGCAGGCGGAGUUUAGUGGACCUCACCACCAACGAUCCAGAAACGGAGAUGGUGGUGGUGGGAACGUGGCUGGUCCGUCCAGCAGGAGAGGGGUCAGAGACAGCAUGCCCACAUCUAAACUGACUGACUCUGCAGGCAGUGAGACCGAUAGAAGAGGAAAUGGUAAACGUACCGACCGAAUUGAAGAACCCAGCAACAACAGGAGGAAGGGGAAGAUUGACCGGUCAAACUCGGACCACCUUGACAGACAAAGGGAUAGCCGGCCACCCAACUUUAACCUGAGGGGAGGAAACUCAGGGACAUCUCAAGAAGUGGGGUUACUGCAGGAUUGUCGUAUCAUGACAGGGGAGGCUUCUCAUUCCCAAAAUGGAGAUAUGGAACAGAAAAGAAGUGGUCCAAUCAAGCCAACAAACUCAUCGUGUCCCCCCAGCAGGGAACCGCCCCCCAAGAAAAACCCUUUGAAUAACCCAGGACCUAAAAGAAGGUCAGGACAAGGCAAAGGUCAAGGUCUUCGAGGACCAGAGAAAAGUCAUUUUAUGGAACAUGCUUGGAAACCUGGAGACCAAUGCCUGGCGCUGUACUGGGAAGACGGCAAGUUCUACCAUGCCAGAAUAGAUGCAGUGCAUCCAUCAGGCUCCACGGCGGUGGUUGUUUUUAGUGAUUAUGGAAACUGCGAAGAGGUCCUACUGCAUAACAUCAAACCUGUUUCUGCUGAUUUAUUGUAACAUCACAACCAUAUCAAAUGUCCAAUGGCAGGAGGAAGAUGAUGGUUACUACGACAGUUCACUAGAGUUUCGCCUUGGGGGAGAUGGACAGCCUCGACGCACAAGACCCACUCAGCAGUAUUACCAGCCACCUAGGGCACGAGAUUGAUGUGUCUGCGUUUACACUGGCAGGUAAAUAAAUAUGAAAGUGUGGUUGUUGUUAAUUUCAUUAAUACUCAAACGUCAAUGUCCAUCAUUGUGUGUACAAUGUGUAAAUAAUGUUCCUAUUUUUAUAUGGAAACUUUUUAUUCAUAACAUCACUCUUCAUUGUGGUGGGAGUCUUGAAUUCUACAAUAAAAGUAAAGGCGUUGACUGUACAAAAGUCAUUUGUAGGCAUUUCUGUAACCUUAUCUGUCAUAGAAUUACUUGCAUUUCAUAUACAUAUUGGAACCUGCUACCAACCACAGCUAAACAAAAUCUCAUGCUCUCAUUUUCAUGUAAAAAUUGUUUGGAUGUAAUUGUAUAAUUUCCUUUUACUGCUUCUACUGGUAUAAUGCAUUAUGUACAAAUUAUUUCACAAGGUCUGCAGCAGUUAUAAUCUUAAAAGAUACCCAAAGUUUGUAAAUGUAUUUUUUAAUUUUCUUUCACUUCACCC